AUGCUCUUUGACGGGUUUGGAGCCUCGUUCGGCCGCCAGGAUCUCGGGAUGUGUUUCCCAUUUGUACGUCACAUGCGGGACCAGUUCAAGAUGAACGUCCUUGCAGUGGAGUAUCCAGGCUACGGGCUGCUUCAUGGCAUCUCCCGGUCCUCGGAAGCAGCUCUGAAAGAGGUGACCCUCACGGCAUUCCGCUUCAUUCUGGAUGAAUUGAAGGUUGCGUAUGAGCAGAUCAUCCUCUUCGGUCGAUCCGUGGGCUCCGGUCCGACCGUGUACUUGGCCAGUAGGUUCCCUGUGGGGGGCCUCAUCCUGGUGGCGGCCUUUGCUUCAGUGCGAGAGGCCGCCAAGAGUUUGGUGGGACCCUUCGUGGCCAAUGUUUUAGAAGAGCGAUUUCCCAACAUCGCGUUGAUAGGUAAUGUGUCGUGUCCAACUCUCUUCAUUCACGGCGAGAAGGAUAGCUUGGUGCCGCCCUCCCAUUCGGUGGCCCUCUUCAAGCAGUGCCGGGCGAGGAAGCUCUUGAUCACGCCCCCAGGCAUGGAGCACAACACCAACUUGUUCACCGACGCCCAGUACUUGGCGGUGCCAGCCAUCAACUUUUUUGGCCUCCCCGGCUACCAGCAGGAGUCGCCUCCACAGAUGCCCAGCCGGUACUUUGAGGAUGGCCGGCAGGCGUUCUUAUUGCGGAAGGCUUCCCGCAGGGGCAGUGAUGAUGGCCAUAGCCCAUGGUUUUACUUCUGCGGCUGUCCCACUUCACGAGCAAGGCGGGAAGAUGCGGCGGACCGACCACAGUGCGAAUGGGAGCCCAGCGAACGUGCUGGUGUUUCAGAGGAUCAAGCAUCUGCCAGGAAGAGUGAGCUUGGUCAUUGGCCGGACAGCCCUCGCGAGCGCUGGAAGGAAGCUCAGGAGUUUCGAGAGGAAGAGAUUGAUGAGACUGAAUGA